AUGGCCAGCCCCGAGGGCGCCAGCCUCCACCCAGGGAACCAGGCCACCCGCCCGCCUGCCGGGCUCAUCUUCUCCCCUGAGCUGGGGCCGUCACCCGUCGGCGGCUUGUGCACGAACAUGGGACAUCUCAGCUGUGUGGAGAGGUGGUCCCCGGGAGCCCUGGCUCAGCCCCCAGGCCUGCAGCAGCAGCAGCAGCGAGGGCAGAGCAAGCGCCUGCGAGGAGCCAGCCAGGGACCAGGGGAAGGAAGUGCCAAGGGCAGCUCUGGCCUCUCUCCUGCUCCAGCCCCUGGGACGGACGGCAAGAUCCUGACCGGGGAUUUUUCCAGGCCCUGCUCUCUGCCGCUGGAGGAUGGCCAGCACCGGGAUCUGCGUUACGUCAGCCCCGCCACAGUGGCUUCCCUGCUGUGCGGCCAGCUGGCUGGGGUGGUGGAGGAGUACGUGGUGGUGGACUGUCGCUAUCCCUAUGAAUACGCUGGGGGACACAUAAAGGGCGCCCUGAAUCUGUACCGAGAAGAGCAGCUGGCGAGGUGGUUCCUGCCGGAUCCCUUGGGCACGACCCCGUGCCCCCGCAGCAGUGUCCUGAUCUUCCACUGCGAGUUCUCCUCUGAGAGAGGCCCCCGACUGUGCCGCAGCCUGAGGAGAAUGGACCGAGAUGCCAAUCGGUACCCAGAGCUCUGGUACCCAGAGCUGUAUGUGCUACGUGGCGGCUACAAGGAGUUUUACCAGCAUUUCCAGGAUCUCUGCGAGCCCCAGGGCUAUGUCCACAUGCGACACAAGGACUUCCGAGCCGAGCUUAGGAACUACCAGCGGAGGAAACAGCCUUGGAGCCUGCGCAGGAUCCGCAAAGAGCUUUUCAAGCCCCUGUCCCCAGGGACUCCCUUCCCAGAGCCCAUCCCUGACUCACAGCGAGGGACCCACUAGCCCCACUCCUUGCCUCUGAAAUGGAGCUGCCCCUUUCCCAUUUGGCAAGUCAGACCUUCCCCUGCUGGCUGCCUCUGGAGCUCCAGCAUCCCAGCUGUAAUUUAAAUCUCUAGCCUUUAUGGCUGCAAAGAAAACCUUCAAAAUGUGGCUCUGUGAAUGAACCUGAUGCAGUGACGUCUUCCCGAGUCUGCAGGCAGCCUGAAAUGAUAGCUCUGUGAGGUUGAACUGCUCCAUUCAGCUCGCUGGAUGUUGACUUGAUGUCAGCGUUGUUCACGUUUUCAUUUCGGACCCAGAGACACAGGACAGAGGAAGAGCCGUAAUUUCAUGGAGACCUGCACAAUUUGCCUUUAUUGGUGUCACAUUUUCGUGCCUCAAAAGG